GAGGCGCCCCUCCCGCGCCGGCGUCCUCGCCAUUGCCACUGCUUGUCGCCGAGCAGAGCGCGCCGUGGGAAGCAGAGCGAGCGAGGGAGAGAGAGAGAGAUGCCAAUGGAGAGGUCGGCGUCGUGCGCGGAGAGGGGAAGCAUGUACGGCGGCGCGGCGGGGGCGGACAUCCGGAGCUACAGCGCCUCCUACGCGCGGCCGGCGCCGGCGGCGUCGAGGGUGCAGCGCGCCCGGAGCGUGAGCUCGUGGACGCGCCCGGUGCCGCCGCCGCACGUGCAGCGGAGCGGGAGCACCAAGAGCGUCGCCGCCGGCCGCCCGGCGCCGGGGCUGAACCUGCGGUCGUACAGCGCGUCCUACGCGGCCUCCUACGGGCCCACCCUCGCGGCCGACGGCGCCGGCGGGCAGCUGAAGCGCUCCGGCAGCGUCACCAACUGGUCCUCCGCCAACCGCCGGUCCGUGAACCUCCGGGGGUACACCCCGUCCUUCGCCGCGCUGGACGACACCGCCGCCGCCGCCCCGGCCGCCGCGGUCCCUGCUGCCAAGAAGGCGGCGGCGCUGGACGACGCCGAGCUGCAGCGGCGGAAGCGGCUGGUGGUGUACAAGACGUACGACGUGGAGGGUAAGGUCCGGGAGUCGGUGCGCCGCGGCGUCAGCUGGAUCAAGGGUAAGUGCUCCCGCGUGGUGUACGGCUGGUGGUGAUCGAUCGCUCCGUCGUCUUCCACCCGGACGAUCGAUCUCACCACGCCGCCGCGCCAUGCCUGACGAUCUCCUGGUCCUGGAACGAGCGUGAGAUUUCGAUCGAUCAUGUGGUUCAGAGUGUACUGGUACUGCUACCACCUAUGGGUUGAGCGUUUCUUGGUGGAUGCUGUCAUCGUCUAUAGAGACUCUCUACUACUUGAUGUCUUUUUGUUCUUGGAGAUAGGAUAUGAUUUGAUUUUUUAGGAGUUCGAUUUGGUGGCAUGUAGCAGAGCAGUGGAGCUUCUCUUGGUGGUUUGUGAGGGAGGGUAGCUAGGAUACUCGAGGAGAAUGCUCCAGCAGGUGUUGUCCUUCCUGUACAGAUACCAUCUUUCCAGUGUACUUACUAGCAGUAUCUGGUUGAUGUAAUUUAGGUACUAUACAUGUAUAGAAUAAGUUUUGGUAAAUUACUACCGCUACAGAACACUUCUUCUUCUGUUA